CCGCGCGCGUCACCGCCCUCCAUCCAAUAAAAAAAAGUUCAUGUCGGGACGCUCCACUUGUGUGUUGUGUUUGUGUGUGUGAGAUGCGGUUCCGGUCCAAAAAGGACGGCGCGCCCCCCAAACUCAACCUCAUCUUAAAAGAGUUCCCGGAGUGAUGUCAGGGUCUGCGCAGUGAAGUUGGAGCGCGCAGACGCCGGUGCGCAGACGCCUGCGUGAUUUCAUCUGAAGGACGCGCUGAAAGACGCCAAAAACUCAAGUGACAAACAGGAAGGAGAGAAGAGGAGAGCAGAGGAGAGGUGAAGGUGUCCGCAGCUGGAGGCGCCAUGGCAACUGAUGCUCCAUUUCCUGGCACCUCCCUUGUUCAUGCCGCCUCCGUCAGCCUCCUUAAUUCCUGCGUCUAAACUCGACCGCCGCUCUGCUUCCCAUCAUGACUUUUACUGCUCUGCUGCUGCUGCUCGUCUCCUCCUCUGUUCCUGCUGCAGUGGCGGUGUUGUUCAAUGAGCCCAGGAUUUUUGGAGAGGAUGCCACGGGCUACGGGCCCAUAUUUGAAGAGGAGCCGGUGGAUGUGGUCUACACGGAGGACUCCCCAGAUAAGAGGAUUUCCAUGAACUGCCGGGCACGUGCCAACCCACCGGCGUCCUACAGGUGGCGGCGCGAUAACUGGGAGAUCAAGCUGAUGGAGCAGCCGGACGAGCAUUACAGUCUGGUUGGGGGGAACCUGGUCAUCACCAACCCCAUCCACAAGAAACACGCCGGGACGUAUGUGUGCGUGGCCAGGAACAUCUACGGCACCGUCAUCAGCAAAGAGGCCAGAGUCAAGUUUGGAUUUGUGGAGGAGUUCCCUGAUGAGGAAAGGGAGCCGGUCCGUGUGAAGGAGGGACAGGGGGUGGUCCUCCUGUGUGUUCCCCCAAAAGCCUGGCCUGAGGAGGUGACCUACCGAUGGAUUUACAACGAGUUCCCCGUGUUCCUGCACACGGAUCGCCGCCGCUUUGUCUCCCAGAAAACAGGGAAUCUUUACAUCUCCAAGGUGGAAGCUCAAGACGCAGGAAAUUACUCCUGCUUCGUCUCCAGCCCCAUCAUUGGGAAGAGUGUGUACUCAAAGUUCACCACUCUCAUCCCGUUACCUCCAGACGACGGUGAGGAGAGAAAAUAUCCUGCAGACAUCAGUGUCAAGUUUGGCGACACCACAGCCAUGCUGGCCUCCAACAUCACCCUUGAGUGCUUUGCUCUCGGAAAUCCGAUCCCCCAUAUCGUUUGGAGGAAAGUGGAUUCGACGGAUCUCCCAGCAAACCACGAAAUUAGCGAAUCAGGAGCCGUGCUUCACCUGUACAACGUGCAGUAUGAAGACGUGGGCGGGUACGAGUGUGAGGCGAUCAACACCAAAGGGAAGGACUGGCACAAGGCCUGGCUCUAUGUGGAGUCGGCUCCAGAGUGGGCAGAGACUAUCAACAACACCCAGGUGGACAUUGGGUCGGAACAUACAAUGCGAUGUGUGGCAUCAGGGAAACCUUUCCCUUUCAUCCGGUGGUACAAAGACGGAUACAUGUAUGGUAAAGGUGAGCUCAAGUUCUCCAGUCUCACCUUCGACGACUCCGGCAUGUACCAGUGCAUCGCGGAAAACUACUGGGGCAUCAAAUACGCCAACGCCGAGCUCCGCGUCAUCGCCUGUGCACCAACGUUUGAGUUCAACCCGGUGAAGAAGCAGCUCCUCGGCGCCAAAGACGGGCGAGUGCUGAUCGAGUGCAAACCCAGGGCAGCCCCGCGACCCCGCUUCAUCUGGAAGAAAGGCGACGAGCUCCUCUUUAACAGCACACGAAUUUCUGUCAUGAUUGACGGGACUCUGGAGAUUCGCAACGCCACCAAGAACGAUGAGGGUUUGUACACCUGCUUCGCUGAGAAUGACAGAGGGAAGGCAAACAACUCUGGUUAUCUCACCAUCACUGAGGCUACCAGCAUCACAAUAGCACCUGAAGACAGUGAGGUGAAGGUGGGAGAUGAGGUCAUCCUCAGGUGCAGUGCUUCAUUCGACCCCAUGCUGGACAUCACGUUCGUCUGGGCUAUUGACUUCCGCGUCAUCGACUUUGAUUCUGAGUGGCAACAUUAUGAACGAGUUAUGAACCAAGACGGGACUGGCGACCUACGAAUAAAAAAUGCCCAGAUUUGGCAUGAGGGGCGCUACACCUGUACAGCCCAAACCGUGGUGGACAGUGACACAGCAUAUGCUGACCUCAAAGUUGUAGGUGUCCCCGGGCCUCCUGGCGUUAUUCGCGUGGAGGAGAUUGGAGACACGUGGGUGAAGCUGCUGUGGACCAAAGGAGCAGAGCACAACAGCCCCAUUCUCUACUACACUGUUCAGACGAGGCACUUCUGGGCUUUGAAUGAAGACGACUGGAAAAAUGCUAGUACCUCUCCAACCAUCCUGGAUGGAACUAUGGAGAGGGCAGAGGUCACAGACCUGUACCCCUGGCUGGAAUACCAGUUCAGAAUAUUUGCCACCAACGAGUAUGGAUCUGGAGAGGCCAGCAUCCCUUCCCUCAAGAUCAAAACCUGGGAUGCCCCUCCUGUGGUUUCUCCCACUGACGUGGCUGGAUAUGGAGGAAGGAACGGCGAAAUCGUCAUCACGUGGACUCCUGUGCAGCCAUGGUUUUUCUCUGGCAAAAAAUUUGGCUACAUCGUGGCUUUCAAGCCCCACGAUGCUUACGACUGGUGGUAUGAGACCAUCUCCGAUCCGGAGACGAGGCGAUACGCUCACAAAGACACCUACUUCGUUCCAACUGAGGAGGACUUCCAGGUUCGAGAGUUCCAAGUGAAGAUAAAGUCUUUCAAUGUGAAAGGAGACGGACCCUACAGCCUCACCAAAGUCAUCUACUAUCCAAGAGAUGUUCCAACAGAGUCUCCCACAGACAUCUAUGCCCGGCCAGUGUCCUCCACCGAGGCUGUGGUUUGGUGGCUGCCGGUGGUGGACACAGGAACAGGCCUGCAGCAGUACGUUGAAGGAUACCAGGUUAAGUACUGGAGGAAGUAUGACGACCCAGAACCAGGAGCCAAUCGCAUAUUCGUCCCAGCAACCGCCAACCAGACCAGGCUGGAGAACAUGCUGCCGGACGCGCACUACCUCAUUGAGGUCCGGGCCUUCAACGGGGCCGGCCUCGGGCCUCCCGGAGAGCACUGCGAGAUGUUCACAAAGAGACCACCACCACCAGAACCCCCCAGGAUGUGGCGCUACGUCAGCUGGACAGGAAAGUGGUUGUAUGUGUGGUGGGACCACAUCCAGUACGACUGGUUUGGUAACAUCUCCUUCCCUCUGUACUAUAAGGUCAUGUUCAGAAAAACAGGCUACUACUACGGGAAGGUCUACAUCACCGGUUGGCACUUUAUGGACUUCCCCAUGCCUCAGGUUGGAGACUUUGAGCUGAUGGUGCGCGGCCGAUACGAAGGGGGGGAUGGCCCAAUCAGGAAGAUUCGGAUUAAGGGUGCAGCUCCCACGAUGACGCCCGCUCUCAGCAUGGUGUCGAUGGUGCUGCUGGCGCUGUGCACCGCGGGACUUCAAAUUUAGCCCCGCCCCACAGUGGGAAGCAGGCCUUGGAAAUCCAAGACACGGAUCCGGAUGCGAGUGUAGCUACUGAUAACCCCUCCCACAUUAUACCUCUGUAGUACAUUGUUCAAAUGUGACUAUACACUGAAGAUAGUUCAUUUACAGACACAUAAAGCACUAAAUGUAUCAAGAACUGCAGGAUUUGUUCUGGGGAAAAAAAUAAAACGAUCGAUUCUUGCUGAUUAACAGGAUUUAAAGCCUUUUUCCCUAAUAAACACUCACUUAUAAAAGUGUUACCAAUGUUUUAAAUGUUGUUGGACGCUUUGUUUUUAUUUUUUUAGACACAAAAACGUCUUUAUUUGGGCACUAUUUUAUGUCCCAUAUGGGAAAAGAAGCUUCAGCUUUUAAUAGAAGGUCCUGAUGUUGACACAAAACAGUGUAAUUAAGUUUUUGUCUGCACUGUUAUAAAUAAAUAAAUAUACAUACUCAUUA